GAACGCGUUGGAUGUGCUGAGUUAUAGUCACAUCCGUUGCCCGUCUCGUUUCGAACAUUCUAACACACCAAACCAAACAUCUUGUCAGCUGUGCUCAGAGAAGAAAGGAAGCCCUUUAGAUCGCCGAGAAGCUGUGUGCACUGGCCUUUAGCCGCCCACUUGGCGUUCUCGAUGACAGUUGCGACUGCUUUUCCUCGCGCCGCUUUAUUUCUUCCUAUGUUGAGCUGUAUUGAAUUUAUAAGUUUCUUGCCAUUCAUUUUGGCUUCACUCGCAAACUAGCGCUCCGGGCCUCUGUGUUCCCAAACGACUCUGGGUAUUUUUGUUGCAUCUGUGUGUUGUGCUUGUGAGGCUCUUUCAUUGAGAGAGCGUCCGAAAGACUCUGUGCUGUUACGGCAGGGGCGCGUCAUUGAGUGAGAAGAGGCACAAGCAGUGACAGUGAGAGUGACUGCGGUUUUGUUUCUCGACUCCCGAAGUGUGAUCAAGAAUAUCAUCGCUGAGAGACUGAACGAAAUCCAUCGUGAAAAAGACUAAUAAUUCUUGCAUAAGAGGAGAAGAGAGAAAAAAUGAGUGAAUAUCUUGGAAAAAUGCACAAGUCAGUACUUUGGAAGCUCCUGUCAUGUCUCAUAGUUCUGCUCGUGCUCGUGGAUAAAGCAGAGAGUGACUACGAGAAUACGUGGAAUUUCUAUUAUGAGCAGCCUUGCUGUGGCAACUCCAAUGGACAACACCACUUGAGGCAUCACAGAGAUCAUGUCAGGGAGUUCAGCUGUGGUACAUUGUACUACAGAACAUUCCUGCUGGAUGAGAAGAAGGAUGUUCUCUACGUUGGCGCAAUGGAUCGUGUUUUCAAGCUCAAUCUCAAAAAUAUCAGCUUAUCUGGAUGCGAGAAGGAUCACAUCGUGCUGGAGCCAACUGGAUACGACACCACGAGUUGUGUGUCUAAAGGAAAAAGUCAGCUCUUCGAUUGUCGAAAUCACAUCAGAGUCAUCCAAUCAAUCGAAGAGGGAACUCGACUGUAUGUUUGCGGAACGAAUGCUCAUAACCCCAAGGACUACGUUAUUUAUUCCAACUUGACACAUCUGCCACGUUCUGAGUACGUUCCGGGUGUCGGCACGGCAAUUGCGAAGUGUCCGUAUGAUCCAUUGGACAACUCCACGGCGAUUUACAUCGAAAAUGGAAAUCCCGGAAAUCUUGCAGCUCUGUACUCGGGAACAAAUGCGGAAUUCACCAAGGCGGACACAGUCAUUUUCCGGACGGAUCUCUACAAUAUGACGUCGGGCAAGCGGGAGUACAACUUCAAGAGGACGCUCAAAUAUGACUCCAAAUGGCUAGACAAGCCAAACUUUGUCGGAUCCUUUGACGGUGGCGAGUAUGUGUACUUCUUCUUCCGCGAGACCGCCGUGGAGUACAUCAAUUGCGGCAAGGCCGUGUACUCGCGCAUAGCGCGCGUCUGCAAGAAGGACACGGGCGGCAAGAACAUCUUGAGCCAAAAUUGGGCGACAUACCUUAAAGCCAGAAUCAACUGCAGCAUCUCGGGCGAGUUUCCCUUCUACUUCAACGAAAUCCAAUCUGUCUAUCAGCUGCCAAACGACAAGACCAAAUUCUACGCCACGUUCACCACCAGCACUAAUGGACUCGUGGGCUCUGCCGUCUGCAGCUACGACAUUAAUGAGAUUCACGCAGCUUUCGCAGGAAAAUUCAAGGAACAAGCCACGUCCAACUCAGCUUGGCUGCCAGUGCUCAAUUCCAAAAUUCCCGAACCACGGCCCGGAACAUGUGUCAAUGACACGUCAACCCUUCCGGACAAUGUACUCAACUUUAUCCGCUCGCAUCCACUGAUGGACAAAGCCGUCAGCCACGAACACAAUAAUCCUGUGUUCUACAAGAGGGACUUGGUGUUCACGAAACUCGUUGUGGACAAAAUUAAAGUGGAGAUCCUGAAUCAGGAGUACACUGUGUACUACAUUGGCACCAACAAUGGGCGCAUUUACAAGAUUGUGCAGUACUACAGGAAUCAGGAGUCCAAGUCCAAGUUGCUGGACAUCUUCGAGAUUGCCCAGAACGAGGCCAUUCAGGUGAUGGAGAUCAGCCAGUCCAGCAAGUCACUCUACGUGGCGACGGACCAGAGAAUCAAGCAGAUCGAUCUGGCGAUGUGCAACAGACGCUACGACAACUGCUUCAGAUGCGUGAAGGAUCCCUAUUGCGGCUGGGACAAGGACACAGGAAGCUGCAAACCCUACGAAUUGGGACUACUUCAGGACGUGGGCAAUGAGACCUACGACAUCUGUGACACGAGUGUGCUGAAGAAGAAAAUUGUGGUGACUUAUGGCCAGAGUGUUCACUUGGGGUGUUUUGUCAAGAUUCCCGAAGUCCUGAAGAAUCAACAAGUCACAUGGUAUCACCAUUCGAAGGAGAAGGGACGCUAUGAGAUUAAGUACAGCCCCACGAAGUACAUCGAGACGACGGAGCGCGGCCUGGUGGUGAUUUCGGUGAACGAGGCCGACGGCGGCAGAUACGAUUGCCACCUGGGAGGCUCUCUGCUCUGCAGCUACAACAUCACCGUGGACGCGCACAGGUGUACUCCGCCCAACAAGAGUAAUGACUACCAGAAGAUUUAUUCAGACUGGUGUCACGAAUUCGAAAAAUAUAAAUCAGCAAUGAAAUCUUGGGAGAAGAAACAAGCGCAAUGCUCAUCGCGCCAAAACUACAGCAAUCAGCAUCCCAACGAUGUUUUCCACAGAACACCCACCGUCUGAUACUGAGGUGUCACGAGUGCUUAAACAUUUUCUCCCGCGAAACAGAACUGAUAGAUCGUAAGAGUGGAUCACAGAUUUAGAAGCAUAGGCAGAUUUUGGGCGAGCAUUGAAAUCAUCUCCAGAGCCCAAAGUAUCAACGUCUGCGCGGCACUGCGAGCAGUUAAUUGGAUAGAAUUCGGCGUAAAAGUAGUUGAGGAUGUUGUGAAAAGCAUAUUUUUUAAGUUAGAAAAUUUAUCAAUUCGGUUGAGACAAAAAAAAAAUUGUGAGAUCAACUAGAAACUAAGUGUGAAUGAAUGAUGAGAAGAGAAAGGAAAUUAUAAAAUUGACAACGCGAUAAACAAUUGAUAAAAGAAAGGAGAAAAACAGAAAUAAUUUAAACAAAAAAAAAUGGAUUGAAUGUGAGAAAAAUAUAUUUUUAUUACACUCGAGAUGGAGAAAAGCAAUAUUUUUAAUUUGUUCAAUAGACGGAGAAAAAAAAUGGUGAAAACAGAGAAAAUGAUUUCGAUGUAUAAAAAUGAAAAAAAGAGGAGAAAUGUAAUGAAGAAAAAGGGGUAAGAGAAAUCUUUUUGAGAAAAAUUUAAACUCGAAUUUAAAACAUUAGUUAUCGAUAAAUAAUUAAAAAGCGUGAAAAAGUAGAAUAGCUUUUUUACAGUGUAAAUUUUCUUUCUGAAACUUUUCUUAUUUUUAUGGACAAUUUUUGAUAACUAACCGAGCUUCUCAUAUUUUUCUUAUUAUUAUUAUUAUUUCUAUUCUCCUUUUAAUCAAUAUAUCAAUUUUUUCGUGAAUUUAUUUGGGAAAUAUUUUGAAAGAAGAUGAAGAAAGAAAAACACUACAAAACGAAGAAAAACUAUAACAUUUAUAAUAAAGAAUCUAUUCAUAUGACAAUUAUUGCCACCAAUUUUCAAUGUAAAUACCUUAAAAGAGAAAUUUUCGUUCAGUUUCUACUGUAAUAAAGAAGAAUAUAAACUAUAAACUAAACAUGCAUAUAAAAGAGGAGAAAAAAUAUCCGAUAAGUUAAAUUUGUUCUGUAAGAUUAAAUCUUAAAAUAAGAGUAUCUGUACAUUAAGGGCUUUGACAGAAAUGAUAAAAUGAUGGACGAAGGUAACUUUGUAGACAUAAGCAAUAAUAAAGAAACUUAAAGUGUUUUUUCAGUUCUCAAGAUAAAAGGAAAAAAAAUGAACGAAAGAGCGAUAAAAUACAAGUAAAAGAAAUACUUUCUAUAUUUGUUUCUCAAACUUAGACUUUAAAGAAGACUUUUAAGUAAUUGUGAAAUGAACCCUGGGCGAUUUGUCAAUCUUACUAGUUUUAUGUGAGAGAAAAAAAAACGAGUCACAAUCUGAAUUUUUGGAGUUUUGACAACCAGUGGACACUGUGAUAAAAUAUUCGGAGUUUUUUUUUCUCAGUUUCAUAGUUGAAUCUAUAAUUAUUAGGAAAAUAGUUGAACGCACAUUUUGUAAAAUCUUCUGUUUCACUCAAAUUUUCUAUAUAUUUUCCCCUUUACAAACCAAUUCAAUGUGGCGUUUGUUGAAAAUAAUAUUUGUUUCGAUUGAUAAAUCUCCCAAAACUUGUAACUUUCUUCAAUAUGUAAACGCAGAAAACAAUCAACUUAGAUUAAGAGAAAAGAGAAAGGAAUGAUGUGGAAAAUCUGACAAAUCAUGCGAAGGAUUGUAAGAGGAAGAAAAGAAAGUAUAAAACUAAUCAUUAAUUCUGUGUAUGGAAAUGAAAUCAACAAUAUGAGAGAUAAUCUUCUCUUUUUCUCUGUAAUUAAAAACACACACACACACACAAAACAUUACAUCAACACUCUCUUAUUUCUUUCAUGACAUUCAUAGAGAAAACCCACUUAAAAUAAGACUUUUUAAGUGACGCCCCAUCAAAAUAUUUGACGAUGGCGCGAAUAUUGCUGUGUAAAAAGCAUUUUAUGAAAAAAAUUAAUAUUCUCUACAACUAAGUGCUUAUUUUGCAUAUUUCAUCGUAUAAGUAUUUUAUUUUCUAUAUUUGUUAAUGUGUGAAUGAUUGGAAUUUGUGUGUGAGGAAGAAAAACUAAGAGAUAUCGAAGUGAAUUUGUUAUAAAGAGAGGAAGUUUAAACUUAAUAGCUAUGUAUAUGACUAAGAGAAAACAAAAAAAAAGAGUAGAGGAAAUCGUGUAAAAUAGUAUUUAACAUGGAGGAUGAGCAGUUAAAUGAAUAAGUAAACGUUUUGAGAAUGAUAGCAUAAAGUGGAAAUAAUGAGGAGAAAAAAACCCUGUAGCUUCUGCCAAUUUAAUAAAUGAAAAAAAAAUGAACAAGACAAGAUGAGGACACGAAACACUACAUUUCUUAUAUUUAAUUACAACAUAUUGACGAAUAUAGCAUGAAGUAUUUAUAUAGAGAAGAACUCUGACGUCAUAAUGAGACAAGUAAGAUUGAUAGUAAGUCAAGAAAGCGCCAGAAAAGAAAACAAAACCUUUUACAACUCCAAGUUCCGAAUGUACACCGAAAGAUGAUGAAAUGUCUGUGUACAAAAGUGAUUAAGUUACUCCUUAAAAUUUAUUUAAUGAUUUAACAUGUCAAUAAAAGCAUUAUAUCGUAAUUAAUCCAGUAACCAUUUGCGAUGGAAAGCGAAACAGUUUUCACAAGAAGAACCAUAUUAGCUUCUAAGUUCACACUUGAAAGUAAUAAAUUUUAUCAUCUGCGACACAAGAGAGAAGAAGAAAAAAAACACACAUGAAAACUCAUAAGAAAACCAAU